CACAGAUAGAAUUCAAGAAAACAUGAUCAAGAUGACCUUUCUUAUGUUCCUCCUACUUAUCUCACUUUGCUUAUUUCCUCAGUUCUUCUUAGCAAACUGCUCAAGUCCUCUUGCUCCUGCCUUAUAUGUAUUUGGAGAUUCUAUUGUAGAUAGUGGCAAUAAUAAUCUCCUCAAUACAUUUGCAAAAGUGAAUUACAAACCAUAUGGCAUAGACUUUCCAGCUGGUCCAACAGGCAGAUUCACUAAUGGCAACACUUUUGCAGAUUUUUUAGCUCAAUAUCUUGGUUUACCCUUAGUUCCUCCAUACUUGGGUCUUUCAAAGGCACAAAAGAGUAAAACAAUUUCUGGAAUCAACUAUGCAUCAGGAACAGCUGGCAUCCUCCAAGAAUCAGGAAAAUAUACAGGAACAAAUUUGGAUUUGCAGAAACAGAUUGAGUUUUUCCAAGAGACUGUUAACCAUUACUUGCCAAAGAACUUUAGAAGUAAGAAAGAGCUUCAGCAGUACUUAUCCAAAUCCAUUUUUGUGGUAGAGAUAGGCAACAAUGACUAUUUGGCAAACUAUCUCCAGCCAGAAUUUUCCAAUACUAGUCACCUAUAUAGCCCGGCACAAUUUUCCGGCAUCGUCUUGAAAAAACUCAAAAAAGGUUUACAGGAUCUCUAUAAAUUAGGAGCCAGGAAGUUUGUGGUAUUCAAUAUUGCUGCUAUUGGGUGUACACCAGCAGAAUUACACCGCAGAAACCUAACAAGUGGAUGUGCUGAGGAUGUAAAUCAGUUAGUAUCCUUCUACAAUAAAGGCCUUCCAAAUAUGUUACAAGAACUAAGUGACACCCUCAAUGGUUCAACUUUUGUUCUGGGUGACCUUUAUGGAUUGACCUAUGACUUGAACCAAAACCCUUAUAAAUAUGGGUUCAAUAGUAGAAGCCCAUGUUGUGUUAUAGAGACUGGAACUCCUCGGUGCCAGGAAGAUGUUCAACCUUGUGUAAAUAGGACUUCACAUGUCUUCUGGGAUACAGUACAUCCAUCUCAACAGGCAAAUUUGUUGAUUGCAACUAGUUGCUUCAUCGGUACUACCCGGUGUACUCCAAUAAACAUUCUGAAGCUGACUCACAAACAUUAAGGCACUACUUAUCUACUUGUAUAUGUAGGGGAGUGGGGGGAUAAGGGACUAUUUAUGCAUAUUUUAGAGAUCUCUAUACAUUGUAGUAGCAUGGAUGAUCAAAUAUUCUUGUCGCCAUUUCAAAAAUAAA